GGGAAGUAUGAAAAAGUUGGGGCAAAGUUUAAUGUGUGGCGCCUUUGUUUACCUGACCAGCUGUGUUGCUGCUCACGUGUGGUGGCUGCUGGCGUCUGAUACUUUCAAUAAUAUCAUAGAGAAGAUAUGGGUAAAAGAAGGAAAACUGGAGACAGAAAACAGCAGUGGCAGUCUAACAGUAAGAAAAAUGAGGAUGACACACGCAGAACGCUGCUCGACCCGGAGAGCAGAAGCUUUGUGUAUGAUGAAGUGGAUGAUUUUGAGGAUGACCAGGAUAACUUAGCCCUCAGCAAGGCAAGAAAACUGAUGUCAAAAAAGAAAGAGCCCAAGGAACAAGUGUUGGGUAUCGAUAGUGAUUCUUCUGAUAAUGAUGACGGUGGUGGUGAUGAUGAUGAAGAAGAAAGUGAUGAAGACAACCUGUAUAUGGAGGAUGACAUUGUUGAUGAACCUGAAUUUAAACUUCCCGAUGAACGCGCGUGGGGCUCACACAGACGACGGUACUUUGGUACAGACACCACCGAUGAAAAGAUCAAGAAGAAACUACACACUGAAGAUGAAGAACUGGCCAAACUGGAGGAAGAGACGGCAAGGAAACUCCAGGAACGUAUGGCGGCAGAGCUUCAAGACCUCGUGCCUGAUGACCUUAUCCCCCAGGAGGAAGUUAGUGGAGUGCCUGAAGACGAAGCCUCAAAGUCUAUGGUGGAGGUGGACCUGUCAAGAUUGUCUCGAGCUAAAAAGCUACAGUUGCUUCGGAGGGAAUCACCAGAAUUAAUUCCCCUCCUUGAUGAUCUAAAAGAAAAAUGUGAGGAACUGAACUCUUUUUUGGUUCCACUGGUGGAAGGUGUGGAGACAGGGAAGAUUUCCUCUCUUUCCGUCUGUCAGUACAUCACAACUAGAUACAGACUUCUCCUCAACUAUGUGUGUGUACUGAGCGUAUACAUGGUUACUAAGUGCAGCCAAGAGCCUAUGGGCAAUCAUCCAGUGUUGAGUCGACUAGCCCAGUACCGCCAACUGCUGCAGGAACUUGGCCCCUGUGAUGACCAGCUGAGAAACCAGUUGAAAGAGUUGAUUCCAUCUAUCAUCGCUGACAGAACGGCUAAAUUAAAUGCCUCACCAGCUAAAGUAAAGGGGAAACCAAGGAAGCAGAAAACGUUACAGUUACUGAGCAAUAAGAGCAAGAUGAAAUUAGAGAAGAAAAGAAAGCUCUCCGACUUACUGAACGACUCCCAAUUGUCAGAUAAAGACGAUGUUGUUCCUCAGUUGAAGAAGAAGGAACAAACUCAGGUGGCAGAAGCAAGCAGUGAUGAAGAGCAAGGAGUUAAUGAGUCACCUGCAGUAGAGGAGAAGGAUACGCUGGACCCGGACGGAAGACGUGCCAUUACCUACCAGAUCGCUAAGAACAAGGGGCUGCUGCCAUCACGUAAGAAGGAACAGAGGAACCCAAGAGUCAAAUACAGGAAUAAGUAUAAGAAUAAACUCAAGAAAAGAACAGGACAGGUGCGUGAGGUGCGGAAAGAGAUACAGCGGUACGGAGGUGAGGUGGCAAGCAUCAGGUCCCACACAAUUAAGAGUAUAAAAAUCAAGUGAAUACACCUCAUUGAUGAUCAAUUUCAUGCAUUGUCAAGUGAGAAAAAUUAUAAUUUCAGUAUGUAGUUACUGCACAUGGGAAAAUGAUUAGUUUAGUUACAGUACAUUACAUGGAAAAUUAUAAUACAGUACCUGUAGUUUUUUGCAGCAGGAAAAAGAUUGUCCAUUUCCAUACUUACAACACUUUUAUAAAAUAACUGACGGCUGGAGCGUUUACUGUUGCCUUUAGCGUGUGACAUACUUCAUUGACUGAAGAAUGACCAUCACUGUCAUAACUUUUGUUAUAAACAGUGUUACUUUGGUCAAACCCAACCAAAAUAUAGAUUCCUUCUUGUGCACUCCAAUAAAUAAAUCCACUAUUG